AAGAUAGUCAUUGGAUAUUUUUAAGAUUUUUAAGACAGUAUAUUCAAUUUGUAUAAACACUAUCAGUUAAAAAUGUCAAAAACGCCAUGUUUUAAAGUCAGCAAUUACAUUUAGUUUAAUUUUAAUUCAGAUUUUGUAAAUUUCAAUGUUUAAUGUGUUGUUAUAGAAAACAAUUAUUUGUGUCAAGUAAGAUAUAUAUAUAUCUACAGUGAUGAGGACGCUAAAUAUAGAUCCAAUUUGGUAUGGCCUUACUCAAAUCAAGCAUGCUUUUGCUACUUUCAUAAGUACCGUGACAUUAAUCUCAUGUGCCCUUGAAUACACGGUGAUAAAGCAAACCCUAGAUCUUUACAACUUGUAUCUUUACAACCUUGGAAGUAAUGUUUAGGUAAAUUGUGUCAUCUGUUUAUAUUAAUCUAUGUAACCUUUAUCUAUUUAUGUAAUAUCGAUAUAUUCAAAAUUAUGGAACAUGCGGAUGAAGUUUAUGACGUCAUUGUGGUAGGGGCAGGAAUCGAAGGAUCCUCUACAGCUUAUAACCUUGCAAAGUUUGGCAAAAGAACGCUGCUUUUGGAACAGUUUCCCCUACCCCACAGCAGAGGAAGUUCACAUGGACAGUCGCGUAUUACAAGGAAGGCGUACGGCUCCAGGGAUUUCUACACGCAAAUGAUGGCUGAAGCCUUUGCCAUGACUGAUGAAUUACAAAAAGAAUGCGGGGAACAGCUAUUUAUCAAUUGUGGUUGCCUAGUAAUUGGUCCGAGGACUGCUGACUUUUUGUCCAAGACAAAAUCAUGCUUGAAACGGUACGGCAUUCCUCAUGACCAGUUCGAUAUUUAUGAACAACGCAAAAGGUUUCCGGCUCUGUCAUUUCGGGACGACUUCGAGUUUGUACUCGACAAGUCUGGUGGAUUGUUAAGAUCUGACAAGAUAUUACAGGCUUUUCAGCGUCAAUUUGUUCGGUACGGUGGUGUUCUAUGUGACGGGGAACCAAUGAUAGACCUCUAUCCGGGAACCAUAGUAUCCGUAAAGACGACGAAAGGUUUGCAUCGGGCUAGGAGUGUUGUGUUGACAUUAGGCCCUUGGGCAGCUAAAUUUCUCCCUCGACUUGGCCUAAAUGUGCCUUUACAGCCGCUAAAGAUCACUGUUUGUUACUGGAAAGAAAAGCAUGGCGGCAAUUUCAACAUUGAAAAUUUUCCGACAUUCACAAUGAAUGGCGCCGCUGGAAAGCACCACAUAUAUGGUCUCCCAGCUUGCGAAUAUCCGGGCCUUGUUAAGAUAUGUCUUCAUCACGGUCCAAACAUUGAUCCGGACAACAGGGACGGUGUAGAGAAUGACUGGGUAUUAGACGCGAUGAAAUUAAUCAUUGCCACACACUUCCCUUCUUUAGAAAAAGAACCUAGCAUCGUCGAAACUUGCAUAUAUACGAAUACACCCGAUGAAGAUUUUGUGUUAGAUGUUCAUCCAACAUGGAAAAAUAUAGUGAUUGGUGCAGGAUUUUCAGGUCAUGGGUUCAAGCUGGCUCCAGUUGUAGGCAAGGUCCUUGGCGAACUUGCUACAGGACAGAAACCAUCUUAUGACUUGUCACACUUCAAGAUAAACAGAUUCUUCAAAACUAAACUCUGAGCUUUGCAUUUUUUUUACGUUAAUAUGCGUUGCAAAUAAAAUCGUAUACCGGAUUUUUUAUCAUUCAUUUUGGCCCGUCUCGACGGGUCGGUAUUACGAUGGGAUUUUUCUUUAAAAAACAGCGAAAAAGACCGAAGCUUUCGAAUCCCAUGUUGGCGUUUUUACCUUUCUUUCUAUACACGCAAUUGCAAAUGCAUUGGGAAGCUGAGAACCAGCUGUUGCAAUAAAUAAACCCAAAGAGACUCUUUCUAAAUGAAAGUUGUUUUUGUUUGCGUAAUUGGUGGAUGGUAUACUAGCAUAUGUAUUUCGCAGAUAUUUCAGUCUCCGUUAUAUUGAACAUUAGCAUAAUAAACGUGCCGCUGAUCAGCUUUUAUACAAAG